AUGCUAGGGAGGGAGAGCGGGAGGGAGGACUUGGCAGCUGGCUCUCAGAGCAGGCGAGGUAGUAAUUUUCACAGCCCAACGUAAAUGGGGAAAGGAGGAGCUUCUGUCUGAGUAGAUAAUACAGCAGAAACUCCUAGUGGUCUGGUGACCACUACUCUAAACAGCUUUUAAGAAGUGGUCAAGGUCAACCCUUGCUUGCAUGCUCAUCCCCUGCUUCCUCUGAGACUUGGCAUGCUUGAGUCAGGUGGUGUUGUAGACAAGCCCUGCAGUGGAUUGUAGAGGCUGGCGUGUAGCACAGAAUGACUGUACCAGCAUCCUUGGCCUGAUGAGCUCACCCCUGAUUCAUGGAAACUUUGAGGUGGGUGCCAGGACGAGGAAGGAAACCUGUGUGUUUGCACCUCACUCACUCAUACAGUUCACUGGCAUCAUCCAGCUGACUGUCUAUAUUUACAUUUUACAUUUACAUUUUAGUCAUUUAGCAGACGCUCUUAUCCAGAGCGACUUACAGGAGCAAUUAGGGUUAAGUGCCUUGCUCAAGGGCACAUUUAGUGAUUUUUCACCUAGUCGGCUCGGGGAUUAGAACCAGCGACCUUUCGGUUACUGGCACAACGCUCUUAACCACUAAGCUACCUGCCCCCCCCCCAUAUAUAACCUCUGUAGAGGGAGAGACACUUGUUUUGUUUCCUGUAUAUGUUGACUCCACAAAUUGACUUAAGACCUCAGAUCUUCUUUCAUCUCCAAUACUUUCUAAUAAUUUCGUUCUACAUUCAUUAUACCUCAAUAAAGGUGAAAGCUUCAGAAAUGUUAAAGUAUAUCACUUUUGUGAUACCAUCCUUACUAUAUAGAAAGGCCCUCCUUCAUUAGUUCUUCUGAAGUCAUUGUGGUCAUUGGUGACAGAUCACAUCUCCAGUCAAAUGGCCAGCUGCCCGCGGUGCCUAGUGACAGAUCCAUGUUAUAAGAUGUGGGAUGUCUGCUAAUGAAGCAUAUUUUAUGACUGCCUUAUCGAUUUCAUAAAGAAUUUGUCAACACCAUUUACUCCAUGAAAUAAGUCUGUAUUAACGCCAUCGCUCUGUCCUCACUUGGCAAUAUCCCUGGCCCAAUCACUGCUGUGACCAAUAAGGGGUUUGUUCUCCAGAAGGCUCAGUUUAUUGGUUUCAAGUCCAGUGGCAAGAAUAUAAUGUAGUUUUAAAUGGUGCAAAAUGCGUUUGACCUUUUUACCUUCCAAAUACUUCCUGAAAUAAACCACACUUACUUCAUGUAUUUGGGGAAAGUUUGUGGGGAACAUUCCCCAUCUGGACCGGAAGGAUGUGAAACUGAAUAUGAAUUCAAUUUCUCUUGAUUUGAGAAGUAGCUCAAUAAACAAGACCUAUAAACAAGACUCUGGUUCCCACUCCCCUAUUUUCUCCCGAUCUGUUUUCCCUCCAUUUUUCUAAGCCAGUACCAGUCAGGUUGGGUGGAGGAAAUGGCUGGGUUUUCCAGAGAAUGUGGAGCGCUGUAAUUGGGGCAAGUCAGUACUGAUUUGAGAAAUCCCCUUCAAAGUAAAGCACUCAUCCUGGGAGGCUGAACACUGGGUUCAUACUGUCAUGGAUCAUUAAACACUCAUCUGUGUACAGAAUUUGAUUCAAUGGAUCUAAAAUGUAUUGUAAGGUCCCGAUAACAAUCUUCUUGAUCUAUUUUCUGCCUAUGAACCCUGCAUACUAACUCACUUUUCUCUUCUCUCUAUCAGAAUCUCCUCGGUUGUACUCUGCCGUCUCCAUCAGUGGUGGUCAUGUGCGACCAGACGGCUACAGCCGGCUGUGUGCUGACCCUUCGGAGGGAGAGCGUCCAGUGAGUCUGGUGUCCACUCUGUCCUCCGGCUCCUCCAGGGACAGCCACAGCCUCUACGGCAGUACCACGGCCCUCCCCUCCUCCACACCAUCUCCCCCCAGUAGAGAGGACAUUGACCUGGAGCUCAGCCCUGCAGAGGGAGCCAGGGAGCAGCCACAGACCCAGCUGCAGGGCCUCAGCCAGGGGGGGACCAGAGACAAGUGGCGGGACCACAGCCAGACCAGGUCCCAGUGCAACAACACCACCACCUCCAACAGGAGGGCUAUUGUACCUCAGACCCCAACCUCGCCCUUUGCCACUGAAGCCAUGGCGCCCAACCCCAAGCUCAGCUACGUUGACCGUGUGGUCAUGGAGAUCAUUGAGACGGAGCGCAUGUAUGUCAGGGACCUUCGCAGCAUCGUGGAGGUGAGUAGCUUUGAGCGUUGCGUCCAUUCAGUUCUAGUUAAUAGGACAGAGGCUUGACCUGAAUCUAUGCAAUAGUAUAAUAUAAAUGUAAAUUAUAUAGUGUAAGUUAAUAGGUAUUUCAGAGAGUGUUUCUCUUGGAAUGGUAUGUAGCAAUGACUUAAUGUCUGUACCUCCCUAUAUGGAAGUGAUUUACUGGAGUUGGCCAGAGACAGUAAGGAAUGGGCUUCACAGUUUUUAGAGAGCAAAUAAGGUUCUCCAUUUUCCAAGUGACUGCUUGCCUUGUAGCACGUGUCUGGUACCUAUAAAAUCUUCUAGGGUUGAUUGUUUUACCAGGAUCUAGUUUGAUUUCCUGAUGAGACAGUUCCCUGUGUAUUUUGUAACUGGCAUUUUCUUUUAAAAGGCAUUUUCACAGUGGUGGAAAAAGUACCCAAUUGUCAAAAGUAAAGAUACCUUAAUAGAAAAUGACUCAAGUGAAAGUCACCCAGUAAAAUACUACUUGAGUAAAAGUAUUUGGUUUUAAAUAUCCUUAACUAUCAAAAGUAAAUGUAAUUGCAAAAAUAUACAAGUAUCAAAAGUAAAAGUAUAAAUAAUUUCAAACCGCCUUAUAUUAAGCAAACCAGAAGGCACAAUUUUCUUGUUUUUUAUUUAUUUACGGAUAGCCAGGGGCACAUGACAACACACAGUAUGGAUGACCAGGGAUGUUCUCUUUAUAAGUGUGUGAAUUUGACAAUUUUCCUGUCCUGCUAAGCAUUCAAAAUGUAACAAGUACUUUUGGGUGUCAGGGAAAAUGUAUGGGGUAAAAAGUACAUUAUUUUCUUUAGGAAUGUAGUGAAGUAAAAGUUGUCAAAAAAUUGCCUAAAAAACGACUUAAGUAGUACUUUAAAGCAUUUUGACUUAAGUGCUUUACACCACUGCAUUUUCAUAAUCGGAUAGAAAAUACCAUAUAGCCUGUAAAACCAGCAGAUUAGGAUUGUGAAGUGGCUGAUACGUUGUUAAGCUGAUGUAUGUAAUGCACUCUAUAUGUUUACAUUACUGUGAAUGCAUACAGCUCUGAGACUGGGAUCUCGCUAUCUUCUCACGUCUUGAGUUCUAAAGCAGAAUCAGGGCUAGGACCCAAAGCACCUCUUUCAAGGAAGAACCUCUCCCCUAAUGAGCUUGGUCAGAGAUAUGAACGGAUGCGCCUAACAUCAUCUCCUGGUUGUGGGAAAUGGGACAGAGAUGAUUCUUCCACUCCGCAGUCAAGUCAACUGACCUCUUAUCAUGGCUGCUGGCUUUGUAGUCUGAAAACAACUGCCAACUGUGCAGAUUGAUCAGCCUCACCUAUUGCCCCCUUCAGGUCGGAGUAAUUCUCCUCUUUGGAUUAGUACUGACAGGAGGAUGGCGGCUUGAGAGCCCUGUAACGUACAGAUUAUAAUGUCUUAAACACAUGAAGCAGACAGGUCAGAGGUAGUGUGUUACUGGCUCUCCUCACCUUGUCUCUGUGUGGCUGACUGUGCUGCUGGCGCCUGGCCUAGGAGGUAUUGAAGGGAGUUCUGCUCUGACCGAGCUCACGCUGCUGCAGCAGCAGCCAGAGUAAUCACACAGUCCUGCUCCUGACAAACACUCCCACAAUGCCUCAGGACUUCCAACUAACCCUGCCUAGCUGCCUGCUUUAUUGCGCCCUAAACUAGGAUACGGAGCCUUCCGGCCCCUUACAGGCAACAGCCAACACAAACACAGCCAUCACAAUGCCAACUGAAGAAACAUAGCUGAGUAGCAAAUGUUUUUCCACAUACUUUUGUGGUUGGGGAAACUCUUUGAACAAUCCCAAAUCUAAAUUCAGCAUUUCAAUGACUUGCUCUGCAGUGGCAUCUUGUUGUGCAAGUUACAGUACCAGGCUCUCCCUUUCCAUUAUGUAAAACUUGUCACUUCAGUGAUGUAUUUGAUGCAUCUGUUUUGGUUUUGUCCUGCUACUGUCGCUUAUGAUGAUGGCAUUACACACGGGAAGCUGUUCGUGUCUGCUCUACGCCAGAUAAACUAUCCAGGAACAUGCCUCUCCACACCACCUACUGUGUGUCACAUCUGGGGAAGCAGAAACCUCCUUCUCUCAGCUCUUAGAACAGCUGUGUGACACAGGUGGAAUCACACCUCCACUUCCACCUCAACAGAUGUCCUGAAAUGCUGAGGGUCAAAAUCUCUCAUUUUGGAGUACUGCUAGGAUCCAUAGCCUUCAUUCCUUCCAUUUCUCACUAGGCCAUCUCUAUUUCAUUACAUGUGCCACUUAUGACUGCCCAGAUGUCACUCUAAAUGCCUCUUCCCCUCCCCCAGGGGUGCACUACCCUUUUAUGGGUUACUCACCCAUAACCACAAGCCUAGACCUAACGUUGUGCUGACAGUCUGAUAGCAGGCUGUACAUAUGUUUGCAGGCUGUGUGUGGUCAGUAGGGGGCCUCUAUGGGGGCCUCAGUGUGGCUGGUGUUAGUGGUGCACAAGAGUGGGACUGUGAGACGCCCUGCUAAAUGCCAUUCAGCAUUGUUGUCACUGGACGGGAAUGCUCCCACUAUGAAAUGGUUUAGUUCAGUGUGUGGUGAGAAGUGAUGACUACUUUACUCUGCACUGACGGGGCUUGGGGUCUGUGUGCACGUGUGUUCGCAUAUACAAACAGUCGAACACUAAGUUUGUGAGAGGAGUAGCAUCAGCCAUUCCUGGCAUAUACUGAAUGGCUAAUGUGCCUCUGUUUUUAGUUUAUAUUAAUAUCUACUCCAGAGUAGUCCUGCAGCCCGAUAGGAGAGGGGCCAUGGGAGGAGAACACUGUGUGCUGGUCUGAUGGACUGGGUUUUACAGAACUACUGCCAGAGGGUCAAACUGCCCUCCAGUAACAAGGAAUAAAUCCUUAAAAGGACCAUUGAAACAUUACAUCAGAACCACUUGGAUUUGAACACACUGAUCCUGAGUCAUACAGUGUUGUUGUAACGGACAGCAGAUAGGCAUCAUCCUAUGUGGUCUUUUUGAGCCUGGUCAUAAAAAGUGCAAACAGGAUGUGCAAUAAAUUGAAACAACAUUGAAGCAGAAUCCACCACGAGCUAACAGCAGGAGCAUAUUAAGUUCUCUAUACACAAGCUCCCUCUACUGGAAAUAAUCUGAAAUUGCAGUUUAGACUGAAAAUAUACACAGCGCACACACACAAAGUAUAUUUGGUUUUUCGUAGGGCAAAUUGUACCUGCAGUAUAACCACAGUCUUGUUGUUUAGGAUUACCUGGCUCACAUCAUAGACAUGGACAACCUUCCCAUUCGACCAGACCAAGUUUCUUCCUUGUUUGGGAAUAUAGAGGACAUCUAUGAGUUUAACAGGUAAGCCUCAGACACCUGUCUGUCAAUGCCCCAUGUUCUCCCAAAAUGACAAGGCAAAUGAACUGCAACUGUAACUGCAUGUACGCGUUUUCUUUUUACAGACCGUCUUCACAAAAACAACUUGGUACACAUUUAACACUCAUUACACUCAACUUGGAGCAGACAUUGGGAAGACAGUGACAUUUUAGUGGAACGCUGUUUUGACAGAGAUGCAGAUGGAUUAAGAGGCUUUCUGGCAAGAGCGCUGUUUUAUGGCUGUGUUGGAGAGUUUGACCUCAAAACAGAUUUAGACCGAUAGAGAAAAAAAUUGCUAACUAACACCAAACACGCAGAUUGGCCCAGAACAACACAGCAGAUUGGGAUCAGUUAAGCAUUAGACACAUUACAUUAUGGCUGUAUGUGUCCACUCUGCUCCAGAUGUUAUCAGGACCAUCACCCACUCUGUGCACCCGUUUGGAUGUUUAGAUAGACAAUAUAUGGUGGUGUUCAGGUUUUUUCCUAUGUAAACGUAUCGUGUCAGCAUAUGUUCACUAAGCCUCAUGCCAAAAGAGAAGACCCAUAAAUAUCACUAUGCUCUGUCAGGUUCCUCCCAUACACUUCCCAAUCAUAGUGUAAUGCCAUAGAAACCAAAUGGUGAAGAUAAGGUUCUGUUGCCUUUAUAAUAAGAUUCCUACCCGCAUAGACUUCUAAAAUAGAGGUUUUGAUUAGUGUUUGUUGUUUCUUCUACAGCAGGGAGCGUUUUCAUAUACAUUCCUCUGAUUCUCCUACAGCAUCAAUAUACAAUGUGUUUACAUUGGAGUGGGAAGUUUGCUUUUGUUUUAGAGUAAUUUAGAAAGUAAAUGAAGUGUGUCUGUUGGAAUGGAUUAUUAGGAUGUUGUCUAAUCGAGACACUGCACACUAUGCAUCAUCUCGGCUAAACGCUGCGACUGAGUCGUGCCAAUUAGCAGGAAGUGCCCAGGGGGAGCAAAUUACUGAUGCGCAAGAGGCAAGCGUACUUCUAAAGCACUGGUUUGAAAACAUGUGCAACACUGAUGCACUCUCCCAAGUUGAUCAAGGACAGAUUAAUUCAAGCAGAAUGUACGAACCUCUGAAGAGACAUGAAAUGUAAUUCUCUGUUAUCUGUAUUGUAUUGGAGAUUGAUGGUCUCACGCAGACAGUUCAAUGUCAUACACAGGGUUUUCAGACGGUUCUAGACUUGUCAUUCAGUUUAGAGAUGUGCGUGACUGACUAGUGACUGUCUCUGGGUCGUUUUGUGAUUUUAAAGUUCCCACUACAGUACUGGUCUGACCCACAGUGACACACUGCACCCCUGAAACAGACCACAUCUGCCCUGGCACUAUAGGCCACAUAUUGGCUUGAUGAAAGAAUGUCUAGGAACAUGUUCAUGAAUAUGAUUUUUAGGCAAAAAUAAACAUCAAACAAAAAAGCAGAAAGACAUUUCAUUGUACUCAGAGCAUAUUGACACAUUGGUAUGUUUUUCCUUAAUUAUUUUGUCAGCCCAUGCAGCUGAAUGGUGUUUGAUGUAAGUUAUGGAAUGAGAAAUGGAAAUGUAUGGAAAGUGUUUGAUUUUCUUUGUUUGGGCAUGUGUGUGGCCAGUGAACACGUAAAACACCUUUUGUGGUGAUGUUGUGUUGGUUUUGUACUCCUUUAUGUUUUGCAGUGGUGACCCCUCUCUCCUUGUGUCCACUCUGCUGUGGGAAACCAGACUCUCUGGAGUCUAUGGACAGAAUGAGGUUAACCAGAACAAACACAUUCAGCCAUGCAAAUUCUAUUGAGUUGGGUAUCGCCACAGGCAAAACAUAAACAUGUUGUUGUAGUACCUGCAUGUACAGGUAACUGCCAAAAUAAAGGAAACACCAACAGUGUCUUAAUAGGGCGUUGGCCAGAACCGCUUCAGUGCACAUAGGCAUAGAUUCUACAAGUGUCUGGAACUCUGUUGGAGGGAUGCGACACCUUUCUUCCAUGAUAAUUUCCAUUAUUUGGUGUUUUGUUGAUGGUGGUGGAAAACGGUGUCUCAGGCGCCACUCCAGAAUCUUCCAUAAAUGUUCAAUUGGGUUAAGAUCUGGUGACUGAGAUGGCCAUUGCAUAUGGUUUAAAUCGUUUUCAGGCUCAUCAAACCAUUCAGUGACCACUUGUGCCCUGUGGAUGGGGGCAUUGUCAUCCUAUGGGGGCAUAGCCAUGGUAGCCAAAAUAAUGGCCUGCCCAGCAUUUUUAUACAUGACCCUAAGCAUGAUGGGUUGUUAAUUGCUUAACUCAGAAACCACACCUGUGUGGAAGCAGCCGCUUUCAAUAUACUUUGUAUCCCUCAUUUAUUGUUUCCAAUAUUUUGGCAGUUACCUGUAGUUUACACUGAAUUCCUCUUCUUGCUGUCUCUGACUAGACCUCAGGUGUCUGUAUAGUUGAUGCUGUGCAUGUCUGUCGGUCUUCCUCCACAGUGAGCUGCUGCAGUCUCUGGACACGUGUGAGAAUGACCCUGUGGCUGUGGCCAGAUGCUUCGUAGACAAAGUAAGUGGAGACCACUCACAGACAGACUGAAUUGAACCUAUCAUCAGGAAGCUGGACAGGCUAGUGUUAUUGAUCUGGUUUUGUGUUCUUCCUCCCUUUUACUAUUUUAUAGAGUGAUGAUUUUGAGAUCUACACGCAGUACUGCACAAACUACCCCAAGUAAGUAGAAGGAAUAAUUUAAAGGUUUUCUGGAACCUUUGGGCGGCAGGUAGCUUAGUGGUGAAGAGCGUUGUGCCAGUAACCGAAAGGUCGCUGGUUCUAAUCCCCGAGCCGACUAGGUGAAAAAUCUGUCGCUGUGCCCUUGAGCAAGGCACUUAACCCUAAUUGCUCAUGUAAGUCGCUCUGGAUAAGAGCGUCUGCUAAAUGACUAAAAUGUAAAUGUACUAUGGACAUGUUUAAAUAACAAUGAAACAGUCAUAUGUACGAUCCAUUGGCUUGUAUUUUCUCUAGCUCUGUGGGUGCACUGACAGACUGCAUGAGGAGUAAGACCCUGGCCAAGUUCUUCAGCGAUCGCCAGGCCUCUCUCAAGCGUUCUCUCCCCCUGGGCUCCUACCUGCUCAAACCUGUCCAGAGGAUACUCAAAUACCACCUGCUUCUGCAGGUACACUGGUCCUCACUACAUACUACCUUUACUACGGGUAGAGAUGGUCUAAGGAAACAAUAUAGAAUUGUCCUUGUGCAAUUGCAGGUUGAUUAUGGGGUCCUUUGACAGGAGGGCAGUUCUUUUAUUUAUUUUUUGCAUUCAACCUUUAACCUAGCAAGAAGAUGGCAAAGAAUUGUAUUGUAUACUACAACAACACAAUCAACCCCACUCCAGAGGUCUUGACUCUUCAUGCUGUGGUUGUUUGCUCUCUCUCUCGCUAAAAGGAGAUCGCCAAGCACUUUGACCCUGACGAGGAGGGCUAUGAGGUGGUGCAGGAGGCCAUCGACACCAUGACCGGAGUGGCCUGGUACAUCAAUGACAUGAAGAGGAAACACGAGCACUCUGUCAGGCUGCAGGUCAGUAUGGCUACUCUCAGGGUGGGGUGAAUGGAAUUUUUCCCACCCCUUUCCACCUACCACUAUUGUGAUAUACUGUACCUGCAUCAUUGUGUAGUGCUGCAAUGAUAUCUAAUUGAGGUAAUUUUGUAGGUGGCUAUGUUUCUCUAGAGGUUUUUAUAUCAGAUAAUGAAGUGUAUGCUGUUUCACUGUGUUGCUGGAGGUCGUGUUGAUAAGGCAUUAUGUUAGUCACCCAGCCUCUGAACUGUUCCAGGUUGCUGCCCUGCUGUCCCACAGUAACUCUCUGGCUGAGGUUAAUGUACUCUGUGUGGAGAGGCCAUUCCUUUUUUAUUUGUUGUUCUAAUAAACCUCUAAUUUCCACCACCAACCUUAAGACAUGUUCUAAAGCCUAAGUCUUUGGAAAGAAAUUGGCCAAGGCAAAUUGGUCUUAUAGGGACCCAAUAAAUCAACUGCUGUUUAACCCUCCUAAACACCAGCCCCCCUGGGGUAACAGAACCACCAGCUUCUACAGGGUCACCUUGUCUGCUGCGUUUGGGUUUUGUUUCAAUUCCUGCUUUUGAUUGGAUGGUGAGAUCACUGCCCAUGGUUUCCCUGGCCUAACUGUGUUUUUUCAUGUUACAACAAAAAACAACAGACACAGUUCUCUACGCCGACUUUGCACCUCUUGUGCAUGCUUUCAUGUACAGUUUUGCCAGUGUAGUGUACCCAACCAAUGUUUAGGAGACCUAGAUACAAGCACUGCUCAUAUAGGAGUAUGUAUGUGUUGUGUGUGCAGGAGAUCCAGUCUCUCCUGAUCAACUGGAAGGGCCCUGACCUCACUACAUAUGGAGAGCUGGUCCUGGAGGGAACUUUCCAGGUACAACGUGCCAAGAACACCAGGAUGCUGUUCCUCUUCGACAAGAUGCUCCUCAUCACCAAGAAGAGAGGAGAGCACUACGUCUAUAAGACCCACAUCUCGGUACGGAGCAGGCACAGUCGACCAGUCUAACCCGGAUGUCAUGGGCUUGCUGUGUCAGGUUGGUUUAACGUUUGUGUAAUGUUUCUGUAUGUGUUUGGUUUCAGUGCUCGACCCUGAUGCUGCUUGACAGUGCCAAGGACCCCCUGCACUUCAGUGUGAUACACUUCAAGCAUCCCAAGCAGCCUCACACUGUGCAGGUGAGUGUGGAUCUACCACCACAUCAUAAGCCUGUCCUCUCUUGUAAUAGUUCUCUAUGAACUCACUAUUUUACAUUUUAGUCAUUUAGCAGAUGCUCUUAUCCAGAGCGACUUACAGUGCUUUUUUUCCCAUCUUUUUUUCAUACUCACAAUAAUUGACAAGUGUCUGUUUCAGGCCAAGACUGUAGAGGAGAAGCGCCUCUGGGCUCAUCAUAUCAAGAGGCUGAUUCUAGAGAACCACCACACCAUCGUCCCACAGAAGGUAAACCUAACAGCAGGGAUUCUUCUCCGCUCCUGUCAAGUAGCCUACAGUCUUCCACCAUCCACUCUCAUCCCCCACUCACAUCAACACCUAUUACUAAUGUUGUCUUCUGAUUUCUGUCUUCCAGGCAAAAGAGGCCAUCCUGGAAAGGAAUUCUCUCUGUGAGUAUUCCAGAUAAAUUAAUAUGGUUACUAUUAAUAAAAGGUAAAGGCACUAACCAUAUGCUGGCUGCAGCUGUUACCAAAGCAACAGAAAAUGCCGUCAUUGAGUGCAAGAGGAUCACUUAAUUUACUGGAAAUACAGUGGGGGAAAAAAGUAUUUAGUCAGCCACCAAUUGUGCAAGUUCUCCCACUUAAAAAGAUGAGAGAGGCCUGUAAUUUUCAUCAUAGGCACACGUAAACUAUGACAGACAAAUUGAGAAUUUUGUUUCCAGAAAAUCACAUUAUAGGAUUUUUAAUGAAUUUAUUUGCAAAUUAUGGUGGAAAAUAAGUAUUUGGUCACCUACAAACAAGCAAGAUUUCUGGCUCUCACAGACCUGUAGCUUCUUCUUUAAGAGGCUCCUCUGUCCUCCACUCGUUACCUGUAUUAAUGGCACCUGUUUGAACUUGUUAUCAGUAUAAAAGACACCUGUCCACAACCUCAAAAAGUCACACUCCAAACUCCACUAUGGCCAAGACCAAAGAGCUGUCAAAGGACACCAGAAACAAAAUUGUAGACCUGCACCAGGCUGGGAAGACUGAAUCUGCAAUAGGUAAGCAGCUUGGUUUGAAGAAAUCAACUGUGGGAGCAAUUAUUAGGAAAUGGAAGACAUACAAGACCACUGAUAAUCUCCCAAGAUCUCCCAAGAUCUCACCCCGUGGGGUCAAAAUGAUCACAAGAACGGUGAGCAAAAAUCCCAGAACCACACGGGGGGACCUAGUGAAUGACCUGCAGAGAGCUGGGACCAAAGUAACAAAGCCUACCAUCAGUAACACACUACGACGCCAGGGACUCAAAUCCUGCAGUGCCAGACGUGUCCCCCUGCUUAAGCCAGUACAUGUCCAGGCCCGUCUGAAGUUUGCAAGAGUGCAUUUGGAUGAUCCAGAAGAGGAUUGGGAGAAUGUCAUAUGGUCAGAUGAAACCAAAAUGUAACUUUUUGGUAAAAACUCAACUCGUCGUGUUUGGAGGACAAAGAAUGCUGAGUUGCAUCCAAAGAACACCAUACCUACUGUGAAGCAUGGGGGUGGAAACAUCAUGCUUUGGGACUGUUUUUCUGCAAAGGGACCAGGACGACUGAUCCGUGUAAAGGAAAGAAUGAAUGGGGCCAUGUAUCGUGAGAUUUUGAGUGAAAACCUCCUUCCAUCAGCAAGGGCAUUGAAGAUGAAACGUGGCUGGGUCUUUCAGCAUGACAAUGAUCCCAAACACACCGCCGGGGCAACGAAGGAGUGGCUUCGUAAGAAGCAUUUCAAGGUCCUGGAGUGGCCUAGCCAGUCUCCAAAUCUCAACCCCAUAGAAAAUCUUUGGAGGGAGUUGAAAGUCUGUGUUGCCCAGCGACAGCCCCUAAACAUCACUGCUCUAGAGGAGAUCUGCAUGGAGGAAUGGGCCAAAAUACCAGCAACAGUGUGUGAAAACCUUGUGAAGACUUACAGAAAACGUUUGACCUGUGUCAUUGCCAACAAAGGGUAUAUAACAAAGUAUUGAGAAACUUUUGUUAUUGACCAAAUACUUAUUUUCCACCAUAAUUUGCAAAUAAAUUCAUAAAAAAUCCUACAAUGUAAUUUUCUGGAUUAUUUUUUCUCAUUUUGUCUGUCAUAGUUGACGUGUACCUAUGAUGAAAAUUACAGGCCUCUCUCAUCUUUUUAAGUGGGAGAACUUGCACAAUUGGUGGCUGACUAAAUACUUUUUUCCCCACUGUAUAUUAGCUUCUAUGAAAACCUUUUGGAACAAUUAUUAAUUGUUGUGUCCCAAGUAGAUGAGUAGAGAGUGAUUGCUUUGACUGGCCUGGUAGUGAGUGAGGAGUAGUGAUGCUUGCUGUGCUGUGUGCAGACCCAGGGUCAGGGAGGUACCGCUAUAGCCCAGAGAGGCUGAAGAAAGCUGUAUCCUGCCAGGCUGAAGACUUCCCUGCAGAAGGGCGACACGGACGCAGGAGAUCAGGUAUAUUAGUUCCCCUGGAAAACAACACUAAAGCAAUCUCAUCAGGCUUACACUUACCCACAGUCCUACAAUGUGGGAAACAUUUUUUUUAAAGAGACUCCUUGGUUAGACAUUUGUUUGGUUUUGUGUCUCAGAAGCUCAUUGCUUGUGUGAUAUCUGUCUAUAAGAGUAAACAGUAUUGCCACAAAUAUAUUCACUAUGCUUCGACCAUGUCUUUUUCCAAUUUUAGAACCAGCGAAACAGAUUGUGAGGACAACCAAAGGUAACAAAGGCAACAAUAAUGCCACUAUUUUCCUUUUCAUUGUUAUCUAUAAUAGUUAUCUUAAACAGUCUGUUAAAGAGGUCUUUGUCGUUCAUUAUCAUGAGGAGAUUUGUAUGUUAAAUAAACAUUGAGACCAGAUUAACAGACCGACAGGCAGCUGCUCAUUACACUGGAGCCACUGCUGCUAUGAUUCAGGUUCUCUGUCGCUCGUACGAAGUCUCUGUAUUCACCCCAUACUUUCAUUCUGCCCUAGAUAGACCCCUGGACAGCCAGAUCAAAAGGCCAGCCCCUCACUCCACUCUCUCACCCCCGCACUCCCCUCUGCCCUAGCUCACCCAUAAUGAUGUAAAUUAUGGGCCAUGUUACUGAAAGGCUUUGUCAUGCUCAAGCUCUUUUCAAUAGUCAAAUUCAGUCCUGGCUUUAGAUCUGUGGCUCGCGCUACUCUCAUGCAUUUUAAUUGUCCAGUAAUGAAAGGACACAACUAAGUACCUCUGUCUUGUCUCUCUGGAGUCUUUACGCCCUCUCAAAUCAAUUUAGAUACAAACCUAAUGAAGUUAUUUUCUUGUUCUUUCUUCCUCGGUCAGAGAGGACUGUCCUUGUGAAUUGCAUCAUUUCUGAGUCUCUGAAAGGAGGCAUUUCUCAUUCACAGUUUAUCCAAUGAACUUGCUCAGAUAUUAUUACAGUACUUUAUAUAAAUGGAGUUUGUUGAAUUGGCAAUAUUGUUGACAUUCUCCUUUAUUUUUCUCCUCCUGACUUGCAGCCAUUCUGAAGGUAAGCUUCCCAAUGAUGAAAGAAAAUGUUUCCCUGCCAUGUUUUUUUUCUUCUCUGUGCAGAAAAGAGAAACAGUUGACUCAGUUCAAUGUGUCCAGUGAGAUAAUGUUGUUCUCCCAGGUUUGACCCUGACUCAGCAAGGUUUUCUCUGCAUUUCCAUUCAGAGAGAAAUGAACCAAAAGAGAGGAACUGCUACUCUAAGCCGUAUUGGGCUAAACUGUGUUAGUAAAAUGUUUCUGUCUCAGGGUUUUCAGUGAUGAUGUAAUGCGUUCACAGCGCGGGAUGGACAGCAUGCUGGCUUGGACACAUUGUUGUGCCUUCAUAUCUCACACCAUGCUAAAGCAGUCACAGUGAUACCAUCCUUUUCAAAACAUUGCAAUUGCAUUCAAAACACAACAGCUCUAUGCUGGCGUCGCAGUAACACCUCAACUCUCUGUGACUUCACACUACAGCAUGCAGACAGUGAAGGUGCUCUGCUGGGGGACAGGCGUUCCCUGCAGCCCUCUGCUAGUGUCGGUAUGCUGGGCUCCAGUCUAGGCAAGCCAAAGGCUGAGAGGCCUAGUGUACAGGAGGACCAGGAGGAGCUAUGUCCCAGUGACGGUGAGGACCCUAGGCCAGGGUCCCCGCCCGACCAGGGGGGCACUGAGCAGGAGGAAGAGACUGAGGAGGAGAAGGGGGAGAUAAACAUGGAUGAUAUUCUGAUGGAGGACGACCAGGUAGCCGACUUUGCCAGCUCUAUGCUGGCAGCCAUCUCCUGCUGGCACUAUAGGGCCAGGGCUUUGCUUUCCGCUCGGUUCACAACGGUGAGGUGCACUGCCACCAAUGGGUUUCCUAUUUUCUCUGCCAUUUCAUUGGCUUGCCAAUCAACAAUCUCUCUUUGUUUACCUCGACCUUGAUGUAAUUCACUAACACCCAGCCACCAUUUGCCAUACUCAUGGAAUGCUUCUGGCUUUCACACUCACACAAUAACUGCAUGGACUAAACCUUCCAGGAAUGGUAACAACAGUCAGUAGCAUGAAGAUCUGGUCACUGGAGAUCAGAUUUAUGAUUCAUCAUGUUUGUCUUAAUUUAAUGUUGGGGAAAAGUGAUGGUAUUAUGUAGAUUAUAAAUAUAGAUUUGAUGUGUUCAAGUCAUUAAAAGGCUUCGUAUGUUUAGAAUUUUAGGUUUUUUAGAAGUGAAGGGUUAACACACAUACUACCAUGUUUUUCUCUCUUGUGUUGCGGGGAGUUACAGACCCAAAAUCAACAUUGUAGAAAUGACUAAUUAGAAGUUAGCAAUUAGCCUUGUGCUUAUUUGGCGGUUGCAUUUGCAUUGAAUCAAUGGAUCCACAGAGCUGAUGUAUGACUUCAAAGGUGAAUUUGGCUGUCAAAUCAGGGAGUCAGGAUAAUAGGUUCUUUGGUAAUCACAUUAGUUAAAAGGUUUCCCUUUUCAUUAUUCCCAAAGAGGAGGUUUUUAAAGGUUAAUUGCUGUAAUGGGAUUAAAAUGGCCUGAACUUUGAAUAUCUCUAAUAUGAAUGUCAGCUGUCUAUGUAAUGUAUGUAUUGUCACACAGGUGCUUUACAACCCAAUGCUAAUCAGUAUUGUGACUGUCUGGAACCAGAGGACAGAGCCUUAUUAAGUCUUAUGUGAUACUCCAAUGUAUGGAUUUUGGCCAUGUAGAAGGCACAGUGCUGCAGUCCCCUUCAUAAUGUGUUCUGCUGUCCCAGGAUGAAGAACACUGUGAGGUUGUAGAUGAGAAGAGACCAAUGGGGGAGAGGAUGGAUACAUCAGCCCAGGAGAUCAGUGAGAUGGCUACAGUGGAGGCCUUCGCUGACCAGGUAUGGAGAGUGUGGACUGGCUGGGUCAAAGUUAAGGUGAUCUCUGCACCCAGAACCAAAUCAGUCACGCGAGACUAAGCUUCAAGAGAUCCUUCUGAAUGGAUGAAUGUUUUUGGUUCUUCUAUAUCUCUCAGGCAAUGCUUUCAGAAAAGUAUUUAAUAUUUUGAGAGGGAUGGGAAUUUAGGAAAUAUCCAGCAAAGAAGACUGAUAGUUGGCCCAAAAGAUGAGCCCUGUUCUGUUCCGAUAAGUCCUCUUGGCAUCUUAAUAGCCUACAACUAGGGGGCAUAGCUGCAGGAAGUAGGGGUGUUGAGGGUGCUGCAGCACCCCCUGACAGUAGUGCACUGGUGAGCUAUAUCAUCUAACAUAUCCAGGGAAUGCAUGAUUGAUAUUUUGAUGUGCAACCUGUCAAAAUAGGAUCCAGAAUUGUCUGAUUUAUUUUGGGCUCUUUAGAGAUGAAUUUGCCGACAUCUUCAUGCAUAUUAUUCACCACCUGAGGAAGUGGAAACUCAAAACACUAGAUAUGAUCUUGUUGCUAGAUAGCCAUGUAGGCUAAUUGAUUCAUCUAUCAGUAAAUGUAGGCUAAUGCCUACGUUUUCCAGUGCUAGGCGAAGGCUACUUGAUGUAGGCCUAUUCAGCGAAAAUGGCGCACUCAGCUCGGCUCCACAGGCGCAUCAAAACCAUACUACAUAGCCUAGCCUCCGGUUGUACAGUGGUGCCAUGAACUCAACAGGUGAGAAAUAAAUUGUAUACUCACAAAAAGCUGUGACUCUCCUCUCUGUAACUAGAACAGUAGUUGCUUUGAAAACUGUCCUUUUCCCGCAAUUGCAUUUUGAGCAACGGUCAGAUGCUUGUGCUUAAUGCAUCUCUCCCUCCUCUGUGCGCACAGUGGGGAGAGGGAGUGGCUCGCUCACACAUCAGCUGACAGCUAAAGAAACCGGGACAGGCAGAUACUUUCAUAGUAUGAAUCAACAUAAUGCAUAUAUUACUGUUGACCAAAUUAUGGUUUUAGAACAAAAAAAAUUGCAGGAACGUUGGGUAGCAAAAUCACUGACUAUUACCGACCUAAACAAAAUGCUUCGGUAAGAGGGCAGUAUCGGUAAUUUUUUGUUUAUCAUCCCAGCUCUAGGGGGUUGUGUAUUUAUGUCCUGUAAAUGAAAACAUCCCCUCCUCCAUGCUGUUGCCGCCUGUCAUCUCUCAUGGUGAGAAAUGCAGCAUUUUGAUAUUGGGACGGGGAAUAGAACCUGCGUCUCCUGGGCGCUCUGUGGGACGGCGGGUUCCAAGCCGAGUGUGACAAGAUGUUUUCAUCCCUCCCUUAUCUCCUUCCCGCAGCUCCCUGCACACACACACACACCACCACCAUCACAGCCAGACGGUGGCUGGAAAUUAGUCUGUUAUAACUGCACACGAGUCAAAUUGGUGUUUUUUGAAAUUGCUAUGAGUUCAGCAGGGGUGUUUGACAUGGCCCGUGGCAAUUGUAUUUGAGGAAUGUCCUGAUCAUUUUCACACUAUCCAUUAUGCUGUCCUUUCCUUUGACAGAAUAUUAGACGACAUGUGCUACUAUCAGAGGUCAUGGCUGCUGUAGAAGAUUAGCCUGAUCAUUUAACUCGGCUCAUUGGUCAAAUGCCAGAUAAUGACUGGGUAUUUUAACAUCAGCACCUGUUGGCUUAUCAUAUCCAAAUUGCCUUAACCAUCCUGAUGUUAAUAUUGACUCUUCUUUCCUCCUAAUCCAGGCAUAUGUGGAGGUGCUUCCUCAAAGCAGUGCUCCUAAGGUAGUGGUAAUGGAACAGAGUGAGGAGAACCCACCCCUAUACACAGAGCCUGAUGCCUUGCCCACCCUGCCUCCCAGACAGCUUGAGACAUCUCGGACACCGGAGCCUGAGAAGAGGAAAGAGGAGAGGUACAGAGAGGGAGAAGAGGAGGAGAGAUACAGAGAUGAAGAGGAGAAGAGUGACCGCUCUGCCCACCAACAGGACGAGAUGAACUCCUCAUCAGCGACCAAUGGAGAGUGUUCGGAGUUGGAGGAGGAGGAUAGGGCGGUGCGGACUGAGACCAGCAGUAUCCUACCUGCCUCUGUGUUGGACCAGGCCAGUGUAAUUGCUGAGCAUUUUGUCAGCAGCCUGUCCCGGAGAGGCAGCCUGGUGGUCUCAGAGGAUCUGCAUUCCCUGGGCUGCCCCACACCUCAGCCGGGCAGCAGGAGCAGCAGCAACCCCGGUCUGAGCACCAUGCUCCAGGAGAAGGCCCAGACCCUGGUCAACUCCACCCCAGAGCCCCCACUGCUCCUCGAGGCCAACACCUCGAUGCCUGACCCUAGACCAGACCACCUCAUGGAGGUGGAGCGCCGGUCCACUCUCUCCAAGCAGGACCGGAUACUCAUCCACAAGAUCAGGAGGUACUACGAACAUGCUGAGCACCAGGACGCCAGCUUCAGUAUCACACGCAGGGAGAGCCUGUCCUAUAUCCCUGCAGGCCUGGUCAGACACCUGAGCCGGCAGCUUAAUGGCAAACCCCAGGACCAGGUGGUUCCAGGGCACCGGAAGAGCCCCCCGAACAUCCGGCCCACCUUCUGGUCAGUAUUCGACCUUCCUGGCUUAGAAAAAGAGCAGAGGACUAAUAAUACCCCUGUGCUGGAGCUACAGCGAGCUGCAGACCCAAAGCCCAGGUCCCAGAGAGUCAAUGAUGCUCCUGUUGGAGAUGGGGAAGAGUUCUUCAGACCCUCCUCGGACAUGGUUCAAGUGUGGCAAGACCUGGAGAUGGAGGAGGUCAAUGGGACCCUUGAGGAACCCAAGGGUUCCAAUGGUACAGAGGAAAUUGUCCAUCCCAGAUCACAUCUAUCCUGGAAGGGGGGAACCAGCAGAAAUGGCCCUGAAGCUGAGUACAUCGAGCCCAUGAGGAUCCUGGAGGAGUCAAACAUGGGCAGUGUCUCAGAGGAAUCCCCAGUCCAAUUACCCAUCACAAUCGCCCCAGACCCCUUCUCAGGGCAUGAGUCCUGCAAGAAUAAGACUCCCAAGUCCUGGGAGAGAGGCGGGGUCAGUGACGCUCCACUCCCCAGGAUAAUCAGUCUGUGUUCAGGGGUAGAGGAGGACCUGAUCCUGCAGGACAUGGAGAAGAUGAAGAACAAGGUGUUCCAGCUGGCCCGCCAGUACAGCCAGCGCAUCAAGAACAGCAGGCCUGUGGUGAGGCAGAGAAACAGGGAGGCUGAGAAACACCUUGCUCCCAAGAACCUGCCAGCUGUCUAUGAGGAGAAGGUCCAAAAGAGAGACUGGGGUAAGCUUUCAUAUUUAUUUAUUUUUAUGUUUUGCUGAUCAGUUAUGAUUUGAUAUGAUACUCUAUUCUGUAAAGCUGAAAUUAUAAAACCGCUGUCCCUUUUCUCUGCCCUGUCUUUCUGUGUAUGCAGGUAGAGCUAACCUGAUGCUGUCACUCAACUCCUAUGAGCAGGUGGUCGUGCAUGAGCUGAGGAGCCCAAGCCCAGCCCCAAGCCUCAGUUCUGGGGCCAGCUCACGGGUCAUGUCCCCUUGUCCCAACGGUCCUCCAAGCCCAGUGCAGACAGAGAUUUUCCACUGGCCAGAUGUCCAGGAGCUGCGCUCUAAAUACACUAACCCCAGGCUGGACCCGGGUUCCUCCCACGCCUCACCUGUCAGUCGUAGCUGCUCCGUCCCAGAGAGGAUGGAGAGUUGCACUGAGGGGUUCAGCACCUCAUGGGGCCCCACUGGCUAUUCAUCCAGCUCCAACGGCUCCACAGAAAUUAACAGUGCCCUAACAGACUCCCUUGAGACUACGUCAUCCAUGGCCCACCGGGGUGGUGGCUCUGUGGGGAAGGCUAAGCCCCAGCCCCCGCUGCGCAGGUGGAACUCUUUGGAUCACAUGCUGGGAACACUGUCUCUACAUGAACUGCAAAACCUCCAGGUGCCCACGAGGAGCUGUUACGUGGCUGGUCAGACCACCCUGCCCAACGAGCACAAGGUUAUUAUAGUGGAGAGGGUUCCUGGCGCAAGGCCAGUGGAGACUGGAGGGAAGGAGAGAGUAGAGGAGCAAGGAGCUAAAGGAAAGGGCCAACUCAAAAUCUUCAAAAGCCUCGACUACCAGUACUGUGCCAAGGGGUCUCCACUGACUUCAGGCAAAAAUACUGAGGGUAGUCUGGUAAAAAACUUACGGGUGAAAUUCCAGAACUUGGGUUCAACAACACAUGAACACUUGAAAACUGUAAAGACCAUGCCUAUUUGAUUGCAAUCUGUAAAUCAUGAAACAAGCCUUCUCUUACCUAAAUAUGAAAUUGACAUUGAUACAUAUGAAUAUUGUCCAGUAACAACUGCUACUGUUUUAUGAUUUCCAAAAUUAUUUUCUACUUCCUUUUUGUCCGUGUUAUCUUUUCAGUUACUGGUAUGAUUUGUGGUAAUGUAACCUCUGGUGUUAUCUACAAGGGAUAUUGAACUGUCAAGAGAGCACCCCAUGGGAAAUGAUGUUGUGACUUUGUAAAAUGUGUAAAUACGUGUACAUUUGUCUUGUUCUUACACCAUCAUGAAAUCUGUAUAUGUAAAGAGAAUGAGUAUGAAACUGGUUUUGUUUAAUAUUUGAGGAAAAAAAACGUCAGCGUAUUAGAGCGUAGAUCUGUCCAGAUUACCACUUUCCUUUUUUUUGCUGGAUCACUUAGAAUAUUUUCUCCCACAAUGCAAUGGUCACCCUCCAUUUGUGAUUCAAAUGUGAGGGUCAUAAGCAAGGAAAUGGUGAAAAGAGAUUCGGGGAAUGAACAAUUAAUAUAUAAAGGGGAGUAAAUCUGGAAGGCUGUGCCACCAUCUAAGAGAUUACUGCAGAUUUACAGCCAAGACGGCGCCAUUAGGACUUGCUCAUCCCUAUUUGACCUUUGACCAAAGUGUUUAUCCCUUAGUUUUGUCAUAAUGGGAGAUAUAUGGUCUGUGCUGUCUACUAUUCAGCCCACUGUGCCACAUCUAGCACUAUCAUUGUUUUCAUACAUCACUGGAACUGUUUUUCUGAUUCUUAUAUAUUUCCCUUGUUAUUUAUAAAAUGAUCAUCGUCUUCAUACAAAUAUUGACCAAUAGUUGUAGACUUUUCCAUUCCAGAAACUGCGCAGAAUAAUUUAAUGCUUGAAAUGGCUUAUAUUCUCAAUAAAAUCAGAUAUUAAAUGUACAUAA